AGGAAGACGCGUUCAGAGUGAAAGAGGAGGAGGAGGAGGAUGUUACAAUAAAAGAAGAGGAGGAAGCCGUUUUGGGAGUGAAAGAGGAGGAGAUGACUGUCAAAUUGGAAGAAGAAGAGGAGGUUGGAGAUCUGUUUAACACCAGAGAGAGGUUUGACUGUCGUGGAUUCUCUUGGGAGCCUCAACUACAUCGUGAUGCUAACGAGGCAGAGAAGAUUCUUUCCAGAUCAGAACACCUCAAGAAACCCCAGCAGAGACUCACAGGGAAGAAGCCUCACUGCUGCUCUGACUGUGGGAAACAUUGCAAAUGUUCAUCAGAACUAAAAAUACACCAGCGAGUACACACAGGAGAGAAGCCUUAUAGCUGUGAUCAAUGUGGGAAGAGUUUUACUACGUCUUCCAAUCUGACUAAACACCAGAGAAGACACACAAAAGAAAAGCCUUAUAGCUGUACUCAAUGUGGGAAGAGUUUUGUUAUGUCUAGCUAUCUGACUUUACACCAGAGAACACACACAGGAGAGAAAUCUUAUAGCUGUGAUCAAUGUGGGAAGACUUUUACUACAUCAAGCUCUCUGAAGGCACACCAGAGAACUCACACAGGAGAGAAACCAUUUAGCUGUACUCAAUGUGGGAAGACUUUUACUACAUCAAGCUCUCUGAAGGCACACCAGAGGACACACACUGGAGAGAAACUUUAUAGCUGUAAUCAAUGUGGGAAAAGUUUUACUCGGUCAAGCUCCCUGAUCAUGCACCAGAGAACACACACAGGAGAGAAACCAUAUAGCUGUAAUCAUUGUGGGAGGAGUUUUACUCAGCCAAAUGGACUGAUAUUACACAAGCGGACACACACAGGAGAGAAACCGUAUAGUUGUACUCAAUGUGGGAAGAGUUUUAUUCAGGCAAGCUGCCUGAAAGUACACCUGAGAACACACACAGGAGAGAAACCUUACCACUGCUCUGACUGCGGAAAAAGUUUUAUUAGCUUAAGUGAUUUAAAAUCACACCAGAGAACACACACAGGAGAGAAACCACCAUAUAGCUGUACUCAAUGUGGGAAGAGUUUUAUUCAGUCAAGCUCCCUGAUAGUGCACCAGAGAAUACACACAGGAGAGAAACCUUAUAGCUGUACUAAAUGUGAGAAGAGUUUUACUCAGGCAAGCUGCCUGAAAGUACACCUGAGAACACACACAGGAGAGAAACCUUACCACUGCUCUGACUGCGGAAAGAGUUUUGUUAGAUCAAGUGAUUUAAAAUCACACCAGAGAACACACACAGGAGAGAAACCACCAUAUAGCUGUACUCAUUGUGAAAAGAGUUUUAAUCAGUCAUGCUCCCUGAUAUCACACCAGAGAACACACACAGGAGAGAAACCUUAUAGCUGUACUCAAUGUGGGAAGCGUUUUACUCAGUCAAGCGGCCUGAUAGCACACCAGAGAACACACACAGGAGAGAAAUCUCAUAGCUGUCAUCAAUGUGACAAGAGAUACUCUGUUAAAAGAUCUCUGAUCAAACAUCAGAAAAUACAUACAUGAAGGAGUUGUUUUAAUAAUCUCACAGUGUAGAAUGUUUUAACAUUGAAGUAUGAGUAUUUUAAUAAUGUCACAAUGUAGAACCCUAAACGUUUGCCCCAUGUUCUAUUGAUUUCAGCAUGAUAUGGAUAUUAGCCUCAUGGAAAAAUACAAGCUCUGACUUGAAAGAGUACUAUUUAUGUGAUUUAACAAAAAGUGAAUAACAAAAAAAGAGUUGUGUUGCACUUCCCACAUUGGCGACCCACUUGAAUCAAAAUGCAUCACUUCAAAAUGUAGCGAGCUGUUUUCUACAAAUUGUCCUCUAACCAGUGAUGUACACAUUAUUUCCAGAUUCUGUUUGGUUUUUGAGCUGUUAGUUUUAACAGGAUAUGCAACCUCUUCUCUCUCCUCUUGCACAAUUGAUUUCAACAUGAUAUCGAUUUGGUGAUGACAAAUAAGUGUUGCGUUCCUUUAUUUAGCGACCCCUAAAUUUAAAUGCAUCACUCCAAAUUGUAGCUGACUCUCUUCUGCAGGUUGUCCUCUCACUAGUGAGAUAAAAGAUAUCUCCCAUUUCCAUGUUUUUUUUAGUUGUUUUAGUUUCAACAGCACAAACAACCUGAUUUCCACCCUCAUCGAUAUCAGUAGUUUAUUGCUACUUGUUGGAGAUGAGUUUGAAUGGGCUCGUUCCAAGUGGUUGUGAGUUCAAGAACAAGUGAGUAAUAGGAAGAAGACAGUCAGAAGCUAGUGGGGAGAAGAAAAAAAUGUAUAUUUAAAAUAAAAAUGGUUGACAGCCAGUAGACACCAAGUUUAUAUUGGUGAAGCAUUGUAGUUGAUUAUAAAGUGAAGUGGAAGUUGUUUUCUGUUGGUGGUAAGCAUUCUCUUACAGUGUUACAAAUGUUUUUUUUUUAUGUUUUGAGGUUGGACUUUAGCACGUCUAGCUCGUUAGCACGUCUAGCUCGUUAGCACGUCUAGCUCGUUAGCACGUCUAGCUCGUUAGCACGUCUAGCUCGUUAGCACGUCUAGCUCGUUAGCACGUCUAGCUCGUUAGCACGUAGGACGCACUGAUUGGUUUCACCUCGUAAGUCGGUAUGUGUUACACCUGUGCUGGUUGUCCAUCUCGUUAUUGGGAAGGUGUUUCACCUGAGCUGGUCCAGGUUCUAUUUAAGAGUGUCUGGCCCAGUGCUCCAGUUGUCUUGGUAGAUGUGGAGAGUCAACACCUUUUAGUUGCGCUACCGUUUUGGUUUGCUUCCCGUUUGUUGUGGGUUUUUCUUUUGUUUGCCUCUUCUCGGGCAGAUUUAGUGGGUGACUUUUAUGUCCCAGUUGUUGUUACUAGUCAACAUUCAGUGGACACAGAGCAAAAAUGCAAGAUUAUGUUAAUAAAACAGAAUAGAGGGUUUUUAUAACUAUUGUGUCUGUGUGUUCUACUGCGGAAGGGCCUCUGGGAAAUAAUACUGACAGGAGAUUCACAAUGUCUUUUGGGUGAUAAAACCUAAGAGAGCGCAUUCCAGGUUAUGAGUUAAUGCUUCUGUUCUAUAUGGUACCAGGGAUAGAUGACCCCAGGGCCAGACCCUGGUCUCUACAGAAAGGGUACUGUUUUUACAGCAGAUGCUGUCUGCUGGGAAUUAUAAAUAUCUUUCAUACAAAUCUGAACCUUGUGACCCAUUCUAAACAACUGUUGUUCGUCAUGUAGGUUGAAAUGGGUGUUUCUUAGCUGUAAAAGACCUUUGUACUUUUGUCUCGUGGCUCUCAAUGAAUCAUCUGGGGGUGAUUCGUCGACCAGCCAUCAUUACCGUAGAGCACUCAAUUGAUUAACUUUAUAUUUGUGUGUUGUAUUGACCUGCUCCCUUACUAAUAAGUGAAUGAAGGUUUUGUUUAAGAAUAAUUCUGACUUGUGCGAUAAGUUUGUCUUCUCAUUUGAUAUAAAACAAAUUAACAACCACAUUUGGCAAUGGGGGAUGUGAAUCUUGUUGGGGAAUAAUCAGAAUUGGUUGGUAACAUAGGUAAGAUGUUUUAUAUUCAUCAUAUGUUUGUUUGUUACUUCUCAUCAGAAUGUUAUUUUUGUAUAAUACUGUGGUGGGGUUUCAGUAUCUGUUCUAUGUCAAGACUAAGUUGCUUGGGCCGGAGAGAGGGGAGAGGUCAAGCGUGUAUCUCUUGGCUCCACAAUGUCUGUGUGCCAGUCAGUGUGUCUCUGUGAUCUUGUCAAGAUGGCAUACAGAUGGUUCUGAGUUCUGAGUUUGAGAAAAGGACAUAGUUUGGGAGACAAAGCUGAACGAUAAAUUAUGCCUAUGCUGUCUCACUAUGUGUCUUUGCUAUAAAUUAUCUCCGUUGAAAUGUGUGAGGGGCUCUCAGAGAAUUCAUUGAUAGACACUGAAUUGAGCUGAGAGUCACAGGAUUGUGAUAGAGCUCAUAUAAUUAAAGAUGGACUUUGAUAACUAAC